AUGAGGAUACUCGCGGCGCUGCGCAUUGCGCGCCCGGCCAUAGCACACCCGGCCAUAGCACACCGACCACACCCCACCACAGCACACCCGACCAUAGCACACCGACCACACCCUCCCAUAGCACACCGACCACACCCCACCACAACCCGCGCAUUCUCCUCCACUUGCGCACGGGGCAAGGGCAUCGAGCCCCGCCAACUUCCCGUGCUCAAUGCUUUCUGCGACUAUCUCGAGGGCCGAGACCUGAGUGGUUUCUCCCACCGCACCGCCGUCUUCCGCGACUUUAUGGACACGGCGCCCCCCGAUAUCAAAGACCUGAGCGUCUACGUCCGCGCCCCCUCCGACCUGUUCUACCUAUACAGAUCGCAGCUCUCCACCCGCUUCCCCGACUUCUGGAACAUGCGCAAAACCCCCCUCACUCGCCUCCAACCAAAACGCAAAGGCAUGCGUUCCGGCCACCUCCCCAUCGACAUGGAAAUCCUGCACGCAUACCUCACCUUUCUCCGCAACUUCAACUGGGACCGGCCCGUCAACCGCGCCGUCCUCCGACAGGAAUUCACCCAGUCCAUCGCGCCCGGAUCCAUGCUCACACGAAUCAAAGAGGCCGUGUCGUUCUGGAAGAACUUUGAGCGCGUGCAUGCCUCGGAACUCGCGUCCGUGCCCCAGUGGGCACACCUGUAUAACCUCCGCGCACUGCAUAUCGUCAAUGCCAGCGGGACUGUGCGGAAGCUUACCCGCGCCGAACAGAGGGAAGUCGGCGGCCACGCUGGGGUGGUACGGGACAAGAAACGGAUCCAGCCUGUACACUAG